GAAGUACUUGGGUAAAACAAAAACGUUAUACGAGAGAGCCAUCAAGUUGACAGGUCGUAUACGAGAGAGCCUGCCGUGAACGUCGUUGACAACAUUCGCGAAGAGAAUACAAAACCCGUCGUGGUUAAAAAACUGUAACUGAGCACUUGGGUCUGAAUAAUACGAAUAUUACGUGAGAGACCACAUAUACAAGUCAUGACUUUGUCUCACGGUGGUUCGCACAGCGCUACUAGGGCGUUGCUGUCCUCGAAGAAGAUUGCGGUGUUAUCCUUAUGGCAAAUUUUUUUUUUGAUUUUGCCCUAGACGAAUUGUGCUUACUUCCUUGCCUCUAUCGAUCCCGUCCAAUUCCCCGUCGCUUCGCCUUGUCCCUUGCCUCACUCCUCCCCUCGCCUUUCCCUCCCCUGCCUUCUCCUCCUCCUCCUCCUGCUCUCUCUAAUCACUCUCCUCGCAACACCUUUCGCGGUUCCGCACUUGGUAGUGUCUGCCCUGACUCCUGAUGAAGGUGAAGUUGCUGUCGCAAAGAUGGCUAAGGAUAAGACAGAGAUGACCAAAGGCUGGCGAGAAUUUCUCACAAAGUGGUCACGUCCAGAGUAUGCGGAAGCGGUUUCUUUGGUACUGAUGAUGUCAUGUUAGUCGAUUCGGAUUGGACCUGCGACUUCCCUGAAUCUCUUUCGAGUUCUACGGAUUUCUCUGAUGUCGAAGCUGUGAGGGUGAGCCGCUGUCUCUGCGCUCAGUGCUGCUGUAUCAUUUUCAACCAUAGCAGUAGGCACCGCACUCAUUCGCAACUGCUACGGUCUCUUGUUUAUCAUGUUCCGUUGUACGUACUUUAUGAGGCCUAGUAGUUCCGAAUCCGAAGAAUCCGAAUUUAGCAAAUACGGGAUCAUACUUGUGAUUCCGUCCUCUAUUAAAAGGAGAGUAUUUCAGUACACACAAAACGACCUCCUUCGAGAAUCAACAACACCCAAAUCCUUGUCUUCACACUCCCAGCACUCCCAGAACGUUUUCAUCCCUAAAGCGGGUGCGGAGGCCUUGUUUGAGGAGAAGUUUUUGACCUUUCAGAACAACGUUCACAGUGCGCAUUUGCGUAAUCUGAAAACGCGUGCAGAGUACAAACAAGGAAAGAUGCAGACGAACUGGCUGUUCCUGCGAAAAGGGAAGGGUAAGAAGGUUAUGGUCCACGUGAAGUAAGACCGCGGUUAGGGUACGUUAUCAAUGCAUCGCUGUUUUUGAAAAGUACUAGAACAAACGAGAAGGCAAAAAAACUCUUCCAGCUUCUAAUCCUCAAUCUCAAUCGAAGAACAGGAACCUACCUCCUUUCGAGUCUCGAGCACGAUUCGGUGUAACCAAAUUUAUGGACUACACCGAUGAGGACUUCGAGAAGUACUCCAUGGGACUGCGACUCACAGAAAAAGACUACGAAAAAGCGUCGAAGUUGCCACGUUACAAGCCGAGUCGGGAAUUGAUUAAGUUAGGAAAGGACCACAUUUCUACUUUGUUGGUGCUGGAGAUGCGGAAGUAAAAAGUGGCCCCCGCAUCAUGAGAACAUCGUGUUUCAGUGUGGUCCGGUGCAGCUGCAAGGUACUUAACUAUAAUGAAAGAUUAAUAUCCCCCACCACCUUCAACAUGCUCUCUUUCUUGUUCGGAAGUCUGAAUCUUCUAAUCUCCUCUUCCUCUCGUGAUUGGCGUGCUGAGGGUGCCGUGACACCAGUGAAGGACCAGGGACACUGCGGAUCAUGUUGGGCUUUUGCGACGACUGAGACCAUUGAGUCGAUGGCCUUGGUGCAGGGACUCAGUGAGAAAGCGAACCCGUUCAUUGGAGCGCCGCAAGGUAUGGCUAGAGGACCACGUGGAGGGGGGUCUCGAAUCUUGUUAGAAAGAAAGAAAUCUUGCUGAUUCGGUUUUUUCGAGUAGAUCACGACCAUGAGUAGUUCCGACUCGUUUGGAGACCCACAUCAAAUUUCGAAGAACGAAUCACCACAAAUAACUUCCUCUCGCAGUUCUCGUCCUCUCUCCUUUAUUCAUAUCCCAACUUGUCUCGUGCGACAAGAGUGCCGUCUCGCCUGAUAAGGGAUGCAACGGUGGCAGCCCGAUGAGUGCUCUCGAAUACUACAAAACGAAAGGUUUGGAAGCGGAAAAAGACUUCCCUUACACAAGCGGGGGCACCGGUGAAGAUUUAUGGGGGGAUGAAAUGAAGAGUAACUUUAUAAUGGAGCAGAUGCUACAACAAAAGGAGCAAUAUUUACCCAUUUGUUCAUCUCUAUCUGUGAAGGAAAAAGUAUGUCUAUGAUACAUCAAGGACCACGAAGUUCCAUCCUCUUCUUCUAAAACUUGGAGUCUGCAAAUAUGAUCGAUCGCUAGCGAAAUACAACGUGGACGAAGACCAUCUGGUCGCCAUGUGGGGACUCGGAGAGGAUGAUAUGGUACUGCGAGAAAACUAAAGAAUACCCUAAAAAUUAUUCUUGUGAUUUUCAGAACAAAGCGAUGUUACGUUUCGAACCACACACCUGCCACAGCUUCCCACAAAAACUACCCACGAGUAUUUAGAUUCUCUCUUCUACAAACAGGUUUCUGCUACUUUAUCGGAGGGUCCUCUGUCCAUCGCUGUCUACGCCAUGCCUUGGAAGACCUAUACUGGUGGAAUUAUGACCCCUUCUCAGUGCGGCGAUGAGGAUGUGGACCAUGCUUAUGGCUCACGAGAGAGACCAGCAAGAAUAAUGCAGAAUUACAAAGUAGAGCAAAGUCAGUACUGUUGACCGAUACCCUUGAUACUACUAGAAAAUUUACCUUGUACUACAGAGAAAGAAACAAAAAAAUACUUUUUUACUUUUCUAUUGCUGUACAAGUGCGGGAACGCAAUUACCUUAACCAAUGUGAAAGUAAAACAGGAUCUAGAACAUGAUGAUGAUUAUAGUUCAUCAGGUUCGCUAGAGCUAGUUGUAAUUGCUUAGUUUUCGAAAACUCAAAAUAACCGAGUUACUGACUGAAAUAAGGGGCGUAGCUUCACAUCAGGGCUACUCUUCCUUCUCAUCAGUAUCUCGGUUAUUCUCGUCGGUUACUCGCUUAUUUUAGUUUUUCGAGCCGAGUCCUUACCUUUUCAUUACUUUUACGUUUACCAAUGUGGGUUAAAAAACUACUGAAAGACACUAGUACCUUGUUUACGAGAAAUGUGACUUCUCAGAAGUCUCCAUUUGCCUCCGCUAACCCCGAGUCCAAGCCGUUGGGGUCGACAAGGAUCAGGGUUACUGGGUAGUGCGAAAUUCCUGGAAUAGUGACUGGGGUGAGGAUGGCUUCAUCCGAUUGAGCUUGAUGGAGAACACUUGUUCCUUGGCGUCGCUGGCACUGCAGGCGACGGUGAGGAAAGCUAGAGGAUGACAUGACUCUGGCUAGGAAGAGAAAGGAGAUGUCAGGUGGAAAGUGUGGGUUAAGACGAACGACACAGUGGUUACAACAUGGCGCAUGGACAUGGAUGAGAAAUACUAUGAUCGUGAUGCAGUCUUGGCUGUCGUGUAAGUACAUCACUUCUACAUACUUUACUACGCUAGCAUGUAGUGUGACUGCUUGUAGGACAAAAAUUUUGAAGAUACAAGCAUCAUAGCAUCGUCAUCAAGAAAAUGCUUGAUUUAGACACAGGUUUUGGCAUAAUUAGUAUUUUUACUUCACCGCAUAGAUGUUGACAUUCAUUUUGCUCUCAAUUGAAUCCUUGUGUACAAAAAGAAGUGGCACCUUGCUGAAGGUGAUUCUCUUUUGAUCAAAGACAAGAUUUUUACCGCUCUACAUACUACAGAGAGAACAAGAUCUUGAAGACGCAUGUCAAUUUAUUUUACCGCUCUACAUACUACAGAGAGAACAAGAUCUUGAAGAGCCGUAGAUGAAGAACUUGCAUCCUCUGCACUCACC